AUGCAGAGUGAGAAUAGAAAGAAGCGGGUUCCAGGUAUUCAUGCGCAUUUAGCAGCAAUUAAAGAGCUAAACCAGGAGUCUGGACGAGUUGAUACAUCUAUUACUGAGCUUAGAGAGAAGAUAUCUGCAGCGUACAAGAAUGAUUCCGAAAACGAGAUCAAGCGCGAAUUGUAUGAGAAGAUUGAGACACUCAGCAAUGAGAUCAAAGAGUUGAGGGCGCAGAGACAGAGUGUUUUUGAUCAGAAGACGAAGGCACUUGAUGUGUACCAGAAGUUUAAGGCUGAGAUGCAACCUGAGAAAGGAAAGAUAAAGAUACUGAGUGCAAAUGAGAUUGAUGCACGUAUGAAGGAGAUCAACAUGAAGCUGAUAAGUAGCAAGCAUGAUUCUAAGACCGAAAAGACGUUUGAGAGCGAGAUUCAAGAGCUUAGGAGGCAGAAGAAGAACAUUGGGAUGAUGGAGCAGAAGAGUAGGACGCUGGUUGAGAUCCGAGGAAACCUUGAUGCGCUUGAUGCAGAAAUCAAGGAUAUGACAAAGAGAUUGACCCAAAAACAGGUGACGAUUGAUGAGCUGAAGGCAAAGAGGAAGGAGAUCUAUGACAGUCAAAGCUCAAGCAAGAACCCAAUUAUUGAAGGAUAUGAAAAGAACAUAAAGGCACUGAAGGUGAAGAAGAAUGAAAUAAAUGAGAAGAAAAAGGCGCAACAGGAGGAGAUAAGGAAGAAGGAGAUUGAGCACGACAAGUUCCUAGAACAACUGGCACUUGCACAGGCAGCUGAGAAGCAACGAGACGAUGUGAAGCAAAGGAUCCAAAAGUUAGAGGAAAAGAAGAAUGUGCUGUCGAACGAGGAGUGCACGCUUGAUCCGUCUAAGUUUGAUUCGGUGAUAUUCCGAAUGCGUGCUAUUGAUGUGUCUGGUGGGAAUUUAAGUCUUCCUAUUGAUCUUGCGCUGUAUUUGAGCCAGUUCAAGAUACCGAUUCCAUCCAAUGCGAAGCAGCUUGAAUCGACGAUUUCUGCAUUAAAGAUCCAGAAGGAGAGCUUUGCAGGCCAAGUUGUUGGGAAGAGAGAGGAGAUUGCAGUAAAGAUAGCUGAACUUGACAGGAAGAUAUCUGAGGAAAAAAAUAUUCUUCAAAGCAUGCCUCCAAGUGAUGUGAGACUUUUGAAGCCUAAGCGCGAGUAUUAA